UCAUAUGCCACAUUCACAGGAAAGAAGACCUUUUCUUGCUUCAGAGUGUAAUGAGUUGCCUAAAGCAGAGAAGUGGAGGAGACAGAUUAUCAGUGAGAUUUCAAAGAAAGUCGCCCAGAUUCAAAACGCUGGUUUGGGGGAGUUUAAGAUUCGUGAUUUGAAUGAUGAAAUCAACAAGCUGCUCCGAGAGAAAGGACACUGGGAAGUCCGAAUCAAGGAACUGGGAGGCCCUGACUACAGGAGAGUGGGGCCGAAGAUGUUGGACCAUGAGGGUAAAGAGGUGCCAGGGAACAGAGGAUACAAGUAUUUCGGUGCGGCAAAAGACUUGCCAGGAGUCAGAGAGCUGUUCGAAAAAGAGCGUAAGUUCAGUCACAUAAUAACUGAUUGAGAUCUGCUGAUUUCUAUUAAUAUUAGAACUCUGUGUGAUGAUAUGUUGUGGCUGAGAGGUUAAUGAUAUCUCUGGUUUAAAAAAAACAUUGUGACUUAA